AUGGACGAAUACUACGACUACGGCCAGUCCUCGCAACAGCCAGAUUCCGUACCCAUGUACAGACCAUCCAAGCCCGAAGACUGGGAGCCCCACCGCGAGACCAUCGCCCACCUGUACAACACCAUGAACAUGAAGCUGAAGGACGUCAUGAGCGAGAUGCAGGUGACGUACAACUUCAAGGCAACCGAGAAGCAGUACAAGACACAACUGAAGAGGUGGAACCUCGACACCAAGUAUAUCAAAGGGUCUGAGUACAUGUUCAUGAUUAAGACCAUGCGAGAGCGCCAGUCCGAGAACCCUCCUAAGGAGACGCGGUUCAUCCUGCGAGGGAGGGUGGUGGACCCCAAGGACAUCGCCCGGUUCGAGAAACGGGCUCAGAAGAAGGGAAUUAUAAAGGAAGGGAACCCAAUCGAGUGUGACGGUGAGCUAUGCCAAGUCGAAAACCCCUGA